UAUGUAUGUAGAUGAAAAGUGUAUUAUUUACAUAUAAUCAAAUCAACAAAAUUAGCCACUGGCAAUGGACGAAAACAGCCUGAUCUACGGCUUGGAGUUGCAGGCUCGUGCCCUCACACCUCAGUACGGCGAAAGCAAUGAGGUGAACUUUUUUAUUGCCACAAACUCCCUGAAGCCCACCAAUCAGCUGCAUUUGAUUACCUACGACGAAGAGCAGGGCUCCAUACAGGCCAAGGUCUUUGAGCAUGCACUGGGUGAGGUUUGGAAGCUAAACAGUUGCCCACACGACUCCCGCCUGCUGGCAUCUGUGUACAAUGUCCAAAAAGGCGCACAGGUCCUGACUCAUGCUGCACUUUUAACGCUGCCGGAGAAUUUGAGCCUGCCCGAUGGGGAGGAACUGAAAUCGGAGUAUCUUCCUUGGGGACAGGUGGAAGUUUUGGACACAGAAGCCUAUGGCGAACGCGUCAAAACAAUCGAAUUUCAUCCCAGCCAGGAGCAGACACUGGCCUGCGUGGUGGACAACAAAGUGACGGUUAUGCAGCGCGCUGAAGCCUCCACCCGCGUUGUGGCCGAAGUGCCCGUCACCAGCUCGGGCAGUGCCAAGCACACGGUGCCCUUCACCACCGGCAAAUGGUCGCAUCAUCACCAGGGCCACCAGUUCCUCGCCCUGCACGACUGCAGCCUGAGUGCGUACGAUGUGCGCGACACACAGCAUUGCGCGUGGAGCAUAAGCGAUGCUCACAACCAGCUGGUCCGCGACUUGGACUGCAAUCCGAACAAGCAGUGCCACCUGGUGACCGGCGGGGACGAUGGCUACCUCAGGAUAUGGGACUGCCGCAUGCACAAGGCGCCAGUUUUUGAACGAAGCGAUCAUUCGCACUGGGUGUGGUCGGUGCGCUUCAACACAUUCCAUGACCAACUGGUCCUGUCCAGCUCCAGUGAUUGCAAAGUGCUCCUCACAUGCGCGGGCUCUGUUAGCUCGGAGACGCAGGCCCAGGCUGGCCUUGAUGAGUCGAACUUUGGCGGCGCGGAAACUGAGGAGCGGCACAAGGUGCUGUCGGAUGGCCUGCUGCAGACCUUCGACCAGCACGAGGACUCUGUGUACUGUGCAGAAUGGAGCAACGUGGACCCAUGGAUCUUUGCAUCCUUGAGCUACGACGGACGGGUAAUAAUCUCAAAGGUACCAAAGCAGUACAAGUAUCAGAUUAUAUUUUAAGUUAAUUUAUAUUUAAAAAUAAACAGCUUAGCCCGUGUCCUCUGAUGUACAAUCGGAUGAGUCAUUGGGAUUCGCAGUCUCUACGGAACAGACCCGCUU